AUGCUCCGCCGUGUCUCCAUAAAGACGGUGAUGGCCACCGCCGCCGUCCACGCUUCCUUUCUGAGCUACCACAGCCUGCCGGAGCUUCAGUACCCGGCCGAACUGCCGAAGCUCGAGUACAGCUAUGCGGACGGCAUCAAGCCCGUCUUCAGCGCCAGGCAAGUGGAGCUGCACUACACGAAACACCACAAGGCGUACGUGGAUAAGCUAAACACGCUUGGCACAGGCUACGAGGGGAAGCCGAUUGAGGAGAUCAUUAAGACUACCAACGGAAUCGCCGCGAACACCGUCCUCUUCAACCAGGCCUCUCAGCACUUCAACCACACUUUCUUCUGGAAAUGCCUAGCGCCGGGUGGCAAGGCCAUGCCGAAGCCGCUCGAGGCCGCCAUCGCGAAGCAGUUUGGAAGCGUUGACGACUUCAAGUCAUCUUUUCAGCAGGCAGGCAUGAACAACUUUGGCUCUGGCUGGACGUGGCUCUGCGUCAACCCCAAGACGAGAGAACUUUUGAUCGAUAACACGAGCAACGCGGGCUGCCCAGUGACUGCUGGCAUGCGCCCGAUCUUCACAGCCGACGUGUGGGAGCACGCCUAUUACAAAGACUUCGAGAACCGGCGCGCAGACUAUCUGAAGGAGAUAUGGCAGGUUGUCAACUGGGAGUACGUCGCCCAGAUGUACAGUAGGGCUAUCAAGUAA